AUGGGUUCCUCAUCUCAGGUCUACCUGCUUCCUUUGAAGGAUGACGGCUCACCCGAUGUGCCCGGUGGGUACAUUUACCUGCCACCUCCUACAGAGCAGGGAUAUGUGCUGCGUUUCAUCAUUGAAGGCACCAGCUCAAUCUGCCGGCAGGGUAGCCUGUGGGUCAACAUUCCCGAGGAGGGCAAGGCCUUUGAUCGCCAAUCGUUUCGCGAGUUUAAAUUGCGACCCAAUUUCAAUGAGAACAUCCAGAUCGAUAUCCUGAUCCCUAGCGCUGGUUCCUUUGCAUACUAUGCCACGUUCACCCCGUUGCCGGAUUUCUCUGUUGAAGCUGUGCAAACGCCGGAGCCAAUCAAAAGCCCAAUUUACUACAUAGAUGUGUCGCCAAAGCUGACACUGCAAGGAAAGGACUUGCCGCUCAACGCUCUCUCAAUCUUUUCGGUGAUCUCGAAGUUUCUUGGACAGUACCCCGUCGACUGGGAUAGUCAUCUUCAUGGUAUCAGCCAGCGAAAUUACAACAUGGUUCACUUUACGCCGCUCAUGCAGCGUGGAGCCUCCAACUCGCCCUACAGUAUUUUUGAUCAGGUUUCAUUUGACUCGGCUCUGUUCCCCAAUGGAGAGACUGAUGUCGCAUCUCUUGUCUCAAAAAUGGAGAAGGAGUAUGGUCUUUUGACCUUGACCGAUGUCGUUUGGAACCACACUGCACACAACAGCAAAUGGUUGGAGGAACACCCAGAGGCAGGCUACAGUGCGGAGACUGCGCCUUGGUUAGAAUCCGCGCUAGAGCUGGAUACCGCUCUGUUGAAGUUCAGCGAUGAUCUCGAAUCUCUGGGCUUGCCGACUGAGUUCAAGUCCAUUGAAGAUCUGGUUACUGUGAUGAAUGCUUUGCGCAAGCAAGUAAUCAAUGAACUUCGCUUGUGGGAGUUUUAUGCUCUUGACGCCAAGUCCAACGCAAAAAAGAUCUUGGAUGCAUGGACCAGUGGACCGGUUGAUCCAGCUAUUGCCCAGGCCGAUUAUCUGCAGGGUUUCAAAAGCUUGUCACCAAAGGAGCAAUCAGAGAUUGUCCGUAAUCACGGCAUGAUGAACUCGAAUCAACUUCGCGGAAGAUUUGAGCGCGCUGUAGAUCCCGCUUUUGGUGCUGCUAUCUUGACAGGUUUCCAUGGAGAAUUCAAGGAAGAUCAGUCAGCUCUCCCCGAGGCUGAGGCAUCUCUCUCCAAGCUCCUCGACGCUGUGAACCUUCCUCUCUACGAGGAGUACGAUGCAGAUGUGGCUGACAUCAUGGAUCAAUUGUUCAACCGCACUAAGUAUCUUCGAAUUGAUGAUCACGGCCCAAAACUUGGCCCUGUCACCAAGGAAAACCCGCUGAUAGAGACUUACUUUACUCGACUUCCUCUCAACGAUGUCACCAAGAAGCACAACCCGAAGGCCCUUUCUCUGGCCAACAAUGGCUGGAUUUGGAAUGCAGAUGCGAUGAAAGAUAACGCAGGGCCAAACUCCAAAGCCUAUCUUCGUCGCGAGGUUAUCGUCUGGGGUGACUGUGUCAAGCUCCGAUACGGAGAGUCACCAAAGGACAGCCCAUUCCUCUGGGAUUUUAUGACCAAGUAUACUCGUCUUAUGGCCAAGUACUUCUCAGGCUUCCGAAUUGAUAACUGUCACUCUACACCGCUUGUAGUCGCAGAAUAUCUCCUUGAUGAAGCACGCCAAGUUCGUCCAAACCUCACUGUUUUUGCAGAACUCUUCACAGGAUCUGAGGAAGCAGACUAUGUGUUUGUCAAGCGCUUGGGUAUCAAUGCUCUCAUCCGAGAGGCCAUGCAGGCCUGGAGCACCGCAGAACUGAGUCGAUUGGUUCAUCGUCAUGGCGGUCGUCCAAUUGGUAGUUUUGAUGUGGACCUGCCAUCCGCCGGUAGUAGCCACGCCAUUGCCUCUGCGAAAUCUGGAGGUACGAAUGAGGAGAUCACCCACAUUCGACCAUCUCCCGUCCAGGCACUGUUCAUGGAUUGCACUCAUGACAAUGAAGUCCCUGCUCAGAAGCGUGACGCUCGGGAUACUCUUCCGAAUGCCGCUCUUGUCGCCAUGUGUGCGUCCGCAAUUGGAAGUGUGAUGGGAUACGAUGAGGUGUACCCCAAGCUCAUUGACCUGGUUCAUGAAACACGACUGUACGCCUCACCCUUUUCUAGCAACCAGAAAUUGGAAGUUGGCGCUGGAGACGGCAUUGGAGGUGUCAAGAAGCUUUUGAAUGAGCUCCAUACCAAGAUGGGCGUCGAGGGUUAUGACGAAACCCAUAUCCACCACGACGGAGAAUACAUCACUGUUCAUCGAGUCCACCCUAAGACCCGAAAGGGAAUUUUCCUCAUCGCCCACACUGCGUUCCCUGGCAAUGAUAAUGGUGCGAUCCUUGCUCCUACUCAUAUCACCGGUACACAGGCCAAGCACAUUGGUUCUUGGGUACUUGAGGUGGAUGCAGACGAUGCAACAAAGACCAAGGUUCUAUCAGAUGAUCAGUAUCUCAAGGGCCUGCCAAGUUCCACAAAGGACAUUGAAGGUACAAGCAUCGAGGGUGAUGGAAAUGACGUCACCAUCUCCGUACUCCAGACUCUUGUGCCUGGGUCUAUCGCGCUUUUCGAGACUUGGAUCCCUAGCGCAGAACAUGCCAGUGGAUUGGAUAGUUUCCUCUCUAGCGGAGCAGAUGAAGCAUUCAGUGAGCUCAGCCUGAUCGAUCUGAAUUUCGUGCUCUAUCGCUGUGACGCCGAGGAGAGAGAUUCCAGUGAUGGUCAAGAUGGGGCUUACACUAUUCCCAAGCACGGACCUUUGGUUUAUGCCGGUCUGCAGGGCUGGUGGAGUGUCCUUGAAGACAUCAUCAAAUACAACCAGCUGGGCCACGCGCUUUGCGAUCAUCUACGAGAGGGACAAUGGGCUCUGGACUACGUCAUUGGACGCAUGGAAAAGGUAGCCUCCAAGGAGGGUUACGUUGGGCUACACAAACCUGCUGCAUGGCUUCGCGAGAAAUUCGACGCCGUGCGUGGCCUGCCAAGCUUCCUUCUUCCGCGGUACUUUGCGAUCAUCAUUCAAGUGGCCUACAAUGCUGCAUGGAAAGCAGGAAUCCACCAGUUCAGUGACAAUGUGCGCUACGGCCAAGAGUUCGUUCAUCAAUUGGCGAUGGUCAGCGUUCAACAGACUGGUUUCGUAAACUCAGCUUCGUUGUGGCCCACCAAACAAGUUCGCAGUCUUGCGGCUGGUUUGCCCCAUUUCGCUGUUGAUUGGGCCAGAUGCUGGGGUCGUGAUGUGUUCAUUUCCAUUCGUGGUCUUUUCCUCUGCACGGGUCGAUUCGAUGAUGCGAAGGAGCACAUAAUUGCCUUUGCCAGUGUACUCAAGCAUGGAAUGAUUCCAAACCUACUCAGCAGCGGCAAGUUGCCUCGAUACAACUCGCGAGACUCGGUCUGGUUCUUCUUGCAGGCGAUCCAGGACUACACGCACAUGGCCCCCAAUGGCAUCAGUCUGCUACAGGAAAAGGUUCCUCGGCGCUUUUUGCCCUAUGAUGAUACAUGGUUCCCAUUCGAUGACCCACGCGCCUAUUCCAAGUCUCCUACUGUUCUAGAAGUCAUUCAAGAAGUGUUCCAGAGACAUGCCCUUGGAAUGUCGUUCCGCGAGUACAAUGCGGGACCAGACCUUGAUGUCCAAAUGAAGCCCGAGGGUUUCCAAAUUGACGUGAAGGUCGACUGGGAAACCGGCAUCGUCUUUGGUGGAAGCCAGGAUAACUGCGGCACAUGGCAAGACAAGAUGGGUGAGAGCACUACCGCUGGAAACAAGGGUUUCCCUGGCACUCCUCGUGAUGGUGCCGCCAUCGAGAUCACUGGUCUUCUUUACAGCGCUUUGGCCUGGGUGUCGCAGUUGAACAAAUCCAAGGUUUACCCACACGAGGGUGUGGACAUUGGUGACGGAAAAUCAAUCACGUUCGAAGAUUGGGCCGCCAAGAUCAAGGACAACUUUGAACGAUGCUACUACAUUCCUACAGAUCCCAAGGAAGAUUCUCAGUACGAUGUGGAUGCCAAUAUCAUCAACCGCCGUGGUAUCUACAAAGACUUGUACAAGUCUGGCAAGCCUUUCGAGGACUACCAGCUUCGAUCCAACUUCCCAAUUGCAAUGACCGUUGCCCCAGCCUUGUUCACCCCCGAAAAGGCUUUGACUGCUCUUGCGAUUGCCGAUUCUGCUGUGUGUGGCCCCAUCGGAAUGGCCACUUUGGACCCGUCCGACCUGAACUAUCGUCCCAAUUACAACAACUCCGAGGACUCUACCGACUUUGCCACCUCUAAGGGUCGCAACUAUCACCAGGGACCCGAAUGGGUUUGGCAGCGUGGUUACUUCCUUCGUGCUUUGCUCUCUUUCGAUUUGCUUCGUCGCAAAACACCCGAGGAGCGGAUCGAGUCUUUCCAGCAGGUCACCCGACGACUUGAUGGAUGCAAGAAGGCGUUGCGUGAGAGUCCCUGGAGAGGACUUACAGAGCUCACUAACAAGAAUGGAGAGUAUUGUGCGGACUCGUCUCCCACACAGGCCUGGUCUGCUGGUUGUCUCCUUGAUCUCUACUACGAUGCGGCCAAGCUGACUUGA